AUGGACUUUUUCACUGAAUAUGGGGAUGCGAAUAGAUAUAAGAUUCUUGAAGUCAUUGGGAAGGGAAGCUAUGGGGUUGUUUGCGCGGCUAUUGACACACAUACUGGGGAGAAAGUUGCAAUAAAGAAAAUACAUGAUAUAUUUGAGCAUAUCUCUGAUGCUAUUAGGAUUCUGCGUGAAGUUAAAUUGCUUAGGCUUCUAAGACAUCCUGAUAUUGUUGAAAUUAAGCGCAUCAUGUUGCCACCGUCAAAGAGGGAGUUCAAAGAUAUUUAUGUAGUUUUCGAGCUUAUGGAGUCAGACCUUCACCAAGUUAUCAAGGCUAAUGAUGAUUUGACCCGCGAGCAUCAUCAAUUUUUUCUUUACCAGAUGUUACGUGCUUUGAAAUACAUGCAUACUGCAAAUGUAUAUCAUCGAGAUCUUAAGCCAAAAAAUAUACUGGCAAAUGCAAAUUGCAAGCUCAAAGUUUGUGAUUUUGGAUUAGCAAGAGUUGCCUUUAGUGAUACCCCUACAACAAUAUUUUGGACAGACUAUGUUGCUACAAGAUGGUAUAGAGCUCCAGAACUCUGUGGGUCAUUCUUUUCCAAGUACACACCUGCCAUUGAUAUAUGGAGUAUUGGCUGCAUCUUUGCUGAGGUAUUGACAGGGAAACCAUUGUUUCCUGGUAAAAGUGUUAUUCAUCAAUUAGAUUUGAUCACUGAUCUCCUUGGGACACCUAAGCUAGAGACUGUUUCUGGGGUUAGAAAUGAGAAGGCAAGGAAGUACUUAACAGAAAUGCGGAAAAAACCUCUUGUGCCGUUUACACAAAAAUUUCCAAAGGCAGAUCCUCUGGCACUUCGCCUAUUGCAAAGGCUACUGGCGUUUGACCCGAAGGAUCGACCAACUGCUGAAGAGGCACUAGCUGAUCCGUACUUCAAAGGUCUAGCCAAAGUUGAGAGAGAACAUUCUUGUCAGCCUAUUUCAAAGCUGGAAUUUGAAUUUGAAAGGCGAAGAGUCACAAAGGAAGACAUUAGGGAAUUAAUUUACCGGGAAAUACUAGAAUACCAUCCGCAGCUACUUAAGGACUACUUGAAUGGAACUGAAGGCACUAGUUUUCUCUACCCGAGUGCUAUAGGCCAAUUCAGAAAGCAGUUUGCUUAUCUUGAGGAAAACAGUGGGAAAAGUGGACCGGUUAUUCCUCUAGCGAGGAAGCAUGUCUCCCUUCCACGAUCCACCGUUCACUCGAGUACAAUUCCCCCUAAUGCACAGCCAAAUUUGAUCUCGUAUGAGAAUCGACAGGCAGAAGAGGCUUCUAGCAAUUUUAGAGUAACAGAUGCAAUUUCUGGAAAUGCAUCAAAGGUUUUACGGCCUCCACCAAGGGUUCCAACAGCAAAACCUGGACGAGUUGUUGGACCAGUUCUUCCAUAUGAGAAUGGCAGAAAUAUCAAGGAAACCUAUGAUCCGAGGACGUUCUACAGAAACUCCGUUCUUCCCCCUCAGUCUGUCUCUCCACACUGUUUCUUCAGAACUCAUACUGCCAAUCAAGACAAGUCCGGUUUGGAGAUGCGGAGGGAUGCAUCACAUGCUAAACUGCAACCCCAGCCAGAACAACGCAACUUAGCAGCAAAACCUGCUCCUGGCAUGGCCAUUGAAGUCAACACCAAUCCAUACUACCCACCACCCACGAAGGCAGAUCACUUACAUGUGAUCGAUUCAAAACUGCUGCAGGCGCAAUCUCAGUUUGGUCCUGUUGGUGCUGCAGCCGUUGCUGUAGCUGCUCACAGGAAUACAGGAACUGUGCAGUAUGGAUUGUCUUAG